CUCCAGCAUUCAUCAUGGCAGACACUCACCAGUGCCCAGUGUAAUCUCCAUGAAGAGUGACCAGUCAAUGGAUCUCCCUGUGACAUUUACAGGAGGACAUGAAGACAUUAGCAGUCAUCAUGGCAGACAAUCACCAGAACCCAGUGAAAUCUCCAUGAAGAGUGACCAGUCAAUGGAUCACCCAGUGACAUUUACUUCAGCAUAUGAGCCGUCAGAGAAUUCCACUCCUGUUGCUUCUAGUCAACACACUACAGAACCUGGAGGUGUCCUCUGUGCUGUUUGCCCAAAGAGGGCUUUCAAGUCCUGUGUGACCUGCAUGGCCUCCUUCUGUGAGAUCCACGUGAGGCAGCACUACACAGCCCCAGCACUGCAGAGACACAGGCUGGUGGAGGCCACUGAAGACCUGGAGCAGAGACUCUGCCCACGACACUACAGACAACUGGAGCUCUACUGCAAGACUGACCAGACUGCAAUAUGUGUACUGUGCAUGGCAGUUGAACACAUUGGACAUGACAUAACAGAACUGGAAGAACAUCAGCAAAUGCAAAUGAACAAAUCAGAGAUGGAAAAAAAGACAGCUGUGCCUCCUCCUGGGCCCAUUGAGUUCACCUCAGUGAAGCCAGACUCUGUGUGUGUGCGCUGGGGACCUCCUGAGGGACUGACUGGACCCCACAGAUCCAGGGUCUCAUGGACCGGUGAAGGGAACCAGGGGCAUCUUGAAGUGCAGGACCUGAAACUACAGGUUCAGGAGCUCACUCCAGGAGAGAAGUACACAUUUACUGUGGCCACCCUCAGGGAUGAUGACAGACGGAGUCCAUGUGUGUCUGCAGCUGUGCAAACAGAUAUUCCUCCACCUGAGGGUCUUACUAUGGAUAUGCAUUCGACAUCAGUCACAGUAACAUGGAGCAAACCAGCAGGAGUUGAUCAGGCCUCAUACUUACUGACCCUCUGCUGUGAUGGGGAAUCUCUACAGACCACUUCCACCAGAUCCCUUCAGCACCGCUUUUCUGAGUUGGAAAUGGAGAGGAGAUACACUAUCAGUGUUUGCUCAGUGCUGAAAGAGGGGCAGAGCAAACCCAUCUCUGAAGACAUCAGAACAAGUGUUCCAGUCCCAGAGAAUCUGACUGUGACUUCAGUGACUCCAACAUCAGCUGAUCUCAGCUGGAGUCUGCAUCAGGGGAUGGAGCAGAUUCCACACAGCUUCCUGAUCUCCUACCACAGUGAAGGGACUGAACCACAGACCGUCUCUACAGAGUCCUGCAGCACAACUCUUACAGACCUGCAGCCAGACACUCAGUACACUGUCAGUGUCUGCUGUAAGCUCAGAGAUGGCAGAAGGAGUCAGGCUACUUCAACUGUCAUGCACACAGCUGUCCCUCCUCCUGGGCCCAUUGAGUUCACCUCAGUGAAGCCAGACUCUGUGUGUGUGUGCUGGGGACCUCCUGAGGGACUGACUGGACCCCACAGAUUCAGGGUCUCAUGGACGGGUGACAGCAGCCAGGGACAUCAGGAAGUGAAGGACCUGAAACUACACAUUCAGGAGCUCACUCCAGGAGAGAAGUACACAUUUACUGUGGCUACCUUCAGAGAUGAUGGCAGAUGCAGUCAAUGUGUGUCUGCAACUAUGCACACAGAUAUUCCUUCACCUGAGUGUCUUACCGUGAAGACGAAUGUAACAUCAGUCACAGUAACAUGGAGCAAACCAGCAGGAGUUGAUCUGGCCUCAUACUUAUUGUCCCUCUACAGUGAAGGGGAAUGUCUACAGACUGUGUCCACCAAGUCUCUGCAGCACCAGUUUUCUGGCUUAGAAGUGGGAAGAGAAUACUCCAUAACUGUUUCCACCGUUCUUAAAGGGGGACAGAGCAAGUGCACCUCUAAAACUAUCAGAACAAGGGUUCCAGUCCCAAAGAAUCUGACUAUGUCCUCAGAGACUCCAACAUCAGCUGAUCUCAGCUGGAGUCUGCAUCAGGGGAUGGAGCAGAUUCCACACAGCUUCCUGAUCUCCUACCACAGUGAAGGGACUGAACCACAGACCAUCUCUACAGAGUCCUGCAGCACAACUCUUACAGACCUGCAGCCAGACACUCAGUACACUGUCAGUGUCUGCUGUAAGCUCAGAGAUGGCAGAAGGAGUCAUGCUACUACACACAUCCAAACAGCUGUUCCUCCUCCUGGACCCAUUGAGUUCACCUCAGUGAAGCCAGACUCUCUGUGUGUGUGCUGGAGACCUCCUGAGGGACUGACUGGACCCCACAGAUUCAGGGUCUCGUGGACGGGUGAAGGAAUCCAAGAGCAUCUGGAAGUGCAGGACCUGAAGCUACAUGUUCAGGAGCUCACUCCAGGAGAGCAGUAUACAUUUACUGUGGCCACCCUCAGUGAUGAUGGCAGAUGCAGUCGAUGUGUGUCUGCAGCUGUGCACACAGAUGUUCCUAAACCAGAGUGUCUUGCUGUGGACAUGGAUCUCACAUCAGUGUCAGUGAAGUGGAGCAAACCAGCAGGAGUUGAUCAGGCCUCAUACUUACUGACCCUCCAUAGUGAUGGGCAAUGUCUACAGACCAUCUUCACCAAAUCAGCUCAGCACUGCUUUUCUGAGUUAGAGAUGGGGAAAGAACACUCCAUCACUCUUUCCACAGUGGUGAAAGGGUUUCAAAGGCAGUCCUUCACUAAAACCAUCAAAACAAGUGUUCCAGUCCCAGAGAAUCUGACUGUGGCCUCAGUGACUCCAAUAUCAGCUGAUCUCAGCUGGAGUCAACAUCAGGGGAUGGAGCAGAUUCCACACAGCUUCCUGAUCUCCUACCACAGUGAAGGGACUGAACCACAGACCAUCUCUACAGAGUCCUGCAGCACAACACUCACAGACCUGCAGCCAGACACUCAGUACACUGUCAGUGUCUGCUGUGAGCUCAUCGAGGGGGGAAGGAGUCAGGCUACUUCAACUGUCAUUCAAACAGCAGUCCCUCCUCCUGGGCCCAUUGAGUUCACCUCAGUGAAGCCAGACUCUGUGUGUGUGUGCUGGAGACCUCCUGAGGGACUGACUGGACCCCACAGAUUCAGGGUCUCAUGGACUGGCAAAGGAAGCCAGGGGAAUCUGGAAGUGCAGGACCUGAAACUACAUGUUCAAGACCUCACUCCAGGAGAGAAGUACACAUUUACUGUGGCCACCCUCAGGGAUGAUGGCAGACAGAGUCCAUGUGUGUCUGCAGCUGUGGAAACAGAUAUUCCUCCACCUGAGUGUUUUACUGUAGACAUGCAUCUACCAUCAGUGUCAGUAUCAUGGACCAAACCAGCAGGAGUUGACCAGGCCUCAUACUUACUGACCCUCUGCUAUGAUGGGGAAUCUCAGUCCAUUGUCACCAAGUCACUUGAGCACCGCUUUUCUGAGUUGGAAUUUGAGAGAGAAUACAACAUCACUGUGUCUACAGCACUAAAAAAUGGCCAGAGCAGCUCCAUCUCUCAAACCAUCAGAACAAGUGUUCCAGUCCCAGAGAAUCUGACUGUGGGCUCAGUGACUCCAACAUCAGCUGAUCUCAGCUGGAGUCUGCAUCAGGGGAUGGAGCAGAUUCCACACAGCUUCCUGAUCUCCUACCACAGUGAAGGGACUGAACCACAGACCAUCUCUACAGAGUCCUGCAGCACAACCCUUACAGACCUGCAGCCAGACACUCAGUACACUGUCAGUGUCUGCUGUGAGCUCAAAGAAGGGGGGACAAGUCUGACUACUUCAACACUCAUCCAAUCAGGUAGUUUUAUGCCUGAGGGAUUGUCCGUGGAUGCAUUGAAUGAGUCUGAUUUCAGUUGGAGUGCUGAUAUCAGCUGGAGCCUACCGCAUGGAGCCGACCAGAGUUCACACAGAUUCAAGGUCACCUACCACAUUGGAAAAGGUCCAAAUACCAUAACAAAGACGGCCUUUGCAGACUCAUGCAGCAUAACCCUCGAAGACCUGCAAUCAGAUAUUUGGUACACUUCCAGUGUCUCUACUGUGUUCCAAAAUGGAAGGGAGAGCAAAUCCACUUCUAUCGCCUUCCAUACAAGUGAUACAAGGAUCUUGGUGCUAGGAAAAUCAGGUGAAGGUAAAAGCAGUGCUGGAAACACCAUCCUGGGAGACAAGGUUUUCACUGUGGAUGCUUCUCCAGAUUCGCAAACAGUCAGAUGUGAAACAAAUAGUAGGAUAGUCAACGGGAGGAAAUAUACCAUAACUGACACACCCGGAUUCUUUGACAUAGACAGACCAGAGGAGGAGUUGAUACCUGAGAUAGCGAAAUGCAUCUUUGAUAAUGCUCCAGGCCCCCAUGUCUUUAUUAUUGUGAUGAGAGUAGGGAGAUUCACAACACUGGAGGAAAAGGUUGUACAGAAGAUUGCAGAAUUAUUUGCAAAAGAUACAUUCAAAUAUGCUUUGAUUCUUUUCACACAUGGUAGAGACUUGAAUGGCCAGACUAUCGAAGAAUUUGUGGAUAAGUGCAGUACCGUGCACAGAAAAGUUACUCUGAAGGACUUUGUAAAUAAAUGUCAUGGUCGGUAUCAUGUCAUAGAUAAUGAACACUGGAAUCAGGAUGAGGGUCCCAGUAGCAACAGAGCACAGUUAGUGAACCUGUUCGCAACCAUAGAAGACAUCGUUCAGGAGAACGAAGGGUGUUACAGUAAUGACAUUUCAUUGUUAGUAGUGCAAGCCAUACAACGAGAAAUGGAGUGGAUGAGGAAGCAUGACGGGGACCUAACUGACAGCGACAUCAGAGAGAAAGCCAAGAGCCGAGUCGAACGAAGAGUUUUGUUGAAUAGAUGUGCAGCUACAUUUCCAGCGCUGCUCUAUGCAGCUUUCAGUUUACAUAAGAUUUCAGGUUCUUCCAGGUAUGUCCACAGAGCAGCAGCUACGACAGAAUGUCCUAAUGAAACAGUAAAGGAGGCCUGUCGACUGCUGCGUCUCUUAUUGCAUGAGAUACCUGAAUGACAUUAUAUACCUGAAUGACAUUUUGGCAUCGUACAAAAACAGAUUUGAGCUGUUGGAUCAGCAUCCUGUGCAAGUGUAAAUUUCUGCACAUUUCUGUCCCAAUAACACGUUUUGGGUCAUUGUAUGGUUUAAUGGUCCAAUGAUGCCAAUUGGGGCAGGUCUCUUUGCACACUGCCUGAUCUUUUCCUCCGGAAUCUCAGUGUAGCCUCUUGCUUUAGUGUUACUGUUUACUUUGGUAGGUUUACUUUAGGUCACCAGGUCCCCCUGGUUGAAAAACAUCCCAAAAAAUACUUUUCUAACCCCCACAAUUGAAAUGGACAUAGUGUCAUUAGAAUUUAAUGCUUCUUUUUUGUAUGCCAAACUCAGGCCAUGUCCCUGGGUGAAAAAAAAAAAUCAGUGAAAGCUAAAUUCUUUGUCCAAGUGUGCCCUCAUAAAGGUUAGCUGAGUUGUGCAUGUUUGAAUAAGGGUGAUCCAUGAUCAGCAUCCAAGAUGACCAAGUGAUCCAUUUUGAGAUGGAGUGAACAUUUCAACCACCAAAACACCAUCCACAAUGUGGAGAAUAGCUAUAGAAAUAUAUUAGUUUUGCGUGUUUUUCAGACAAUGGGACCUGGUGAACUUCUCAAAAGUAAACGGUAACACUAAAUCAAAGGGGCAAAUUGAGGAUUUUGGAGGAGAAGACCAGGCUGUCUGCCGAGAGACCUGCCCCAAUAGCGGCAUUGGACCAUUAAACCACACAAUGAUCCAAAAUAUACAGCUAAACAAGGCAAGAAAUGGUUAGCCGAGAACAAUACCAACAUUUUAGAGUGGCCCAGCCAUAGUCCAGACCUCAAUACGUCAAAAAAGUGAGCACAAGGCCAGAGCAUGGUUCGAGUUACUGGGGGGGUAUUGGGGGGGUCCGCCCCCUAAGAUGAGACUUGGACCUCCUCAAAAGGGAUGAAAAUAAUAGUUUGGGAGGUACUGAAAAAAUGUAAUAAAAUGUAAUGUUAUCCGGCCCCAGCUGUGGUGCAACUGGCUGGGGCACCUGCACCG